AUGACCCUUUGGAUGAUCAUUGUCUUUAGUGCUACUUUAGUGGCACCCUUUGAUACAGCAACAGAAGAAGACAGCGGAGGUUAGUCGUAUUUUCCACUACUGAUACAAUGUAAUCAAAUAUGUAGUUCAGCUAUCUUUACGAAAGAAAUAUUAGCUUAUUUUAUCGCCAGAUAGAAUAAAGAUUCCUGUUUGAAAGCAGAUUUGACCAUGGCUUUACUUCUUGAAAACAGGCUAAUUUAGUAUUAUCAACUGAGUUGAUAGCGUAAAUUGGCCAUCGUAGAGAGUUUCUAAGCUGACGUUUCGAACGCUAUCCCUUCGCCUAUUGCCAAGAAACGGCUCUCAAGAGAUUUUGAAGUCAUUAAAUAUAGACUACCAUGUGCGAGCCAUAAUCCUUUAACUCCCAUGGGUGACAAAGACAGAAUUUCUCCCUAUAAUAUCGAUACAAUUUCAAGCAGACAAAGGACGAGAAUAAAGAUAAAUAUCUAUCAGAGGAUAAUCCAUUGAUCCAAUACCAAAUUCUCGACAUCGACAUCAUAAGAAUCGUAUGAGUAAUGAGGAUUCCUGACGAGAUCUUUGGAAUAAAAGGGUUAACGUUGCGAAUAUAGGCAACGGUUAAGAAGUGGGGUAACGAAAAUAAUAUAUAUAUAUUUAUAAUAAAAUAUGUCAAAAAUACUGAUGUAUUACGAAAGGAUUUAAGGUUCAGCUGCCAAUAAAAGACUAGUGUUAAUCCGACUGAAUUGAUAAAAUUUUGGAAAAUUUCCGAAAUCGUUUUUAAAAAAAAAAAAUGAAGAAAAUAAUAAAUAAAAAAUAUGUUUAUUCAUUGAGUCCUUUUCCUGGGUGCAUUUAUCCGAAUCUUGUGCGAGGAAUAUAAAAUAAUAUGCUAAUCUUCGCCAUAUAUCAUCCCAUGCUUGUCACAAGAGGAAAUUAUCUUGAAUUACCCCCCUUCUCCACUAACACAGCACCACAGUUUCUUUAGCAACUCAUUCCCUCUUUUUUUUUUUUUUUGAAUACCGUUGUCGUGAAAUACAUGGUGAAAUACUUCAGUUUACCCCUAUAAUAUUCUUUUAGAACGCGGAUGCAAGACUAUCAAAAAAGGCGAUGAGUCCUACAGUAAAAGUAUCAACAUUCCUAAGAUGAAAUGGACUGAAACACCGGCUGUUAUUACUAAAGGAAAACGUAAUGUUGCUAUCCAUAGCUGCUCGUUGUACUUUUGAAAUAAUGAAAUAAUUCACAAUUAUUUACCAAAAUGGAGAUGAAUUGAGGUGGAUAUUUUACCGAGCCACGAAACAGCAUAAUAAAUAUCCACUACUUUUACCGAGACAGAAUGAAUAUACCACAAAGAAAUUAAGAGAAAAUAGUUUAUUUCUAUUAAUAACCAAGAUAAAAAAUGAUCGAAAUUAAAUUGUUGACGCGCAAAUUUAUCUCCUCGGCCGCUCGGAGGUGAACAGUACUUGCUAGUCACUUCCAAACCAACCAAUCAGCGUGCGCGAAUACCACUAUUCAUCAAAUGUUAUAGCAUGCCAACGUUACAUGAUUGGUUAAAAGGUUCCACUUUUAUCGAAUCAUUGCAAGUUUCGCAUUCUAGAAGAGAUUCCACCAGGUGUGAUUUCCAAGUUUAAGCCAUGCUAAAGACCUACUGUAAAUCCAGAGCACACUGAAAUUCGUAAAUUACGCAUCCAUUGCUGAUUGAAAAUUCUCUUGUAACUCCCAAAUGAACAUUAUGAAAAUGAAGUGGUUUAAAUUUUUCAUUUUCGUCUUUGUUUUACAUCAACUUACUUUGGUUUAUUUCAUUCUACAUUAUGUAUCUACUUCUCGUUUAAUCUUAUGGCUCUCCUAUUUCUAACAGGUAACUAUCAGGUUAUAGGGCGAGUUGUUCAUAUGAACUAUCUGCAAGAAUAUUUUGCUGCAAAGAAGAGUAUGAAGUUUGGAAACAUCCAGAGGAAACCUAAUCGUCUUCAACUUGAAGUCCUGGCCGAUACUGUGUACAUUGAGGUUUGUAUACAAAAAAAAGUAUGAAUGUAACAACAGAGGAACUUUCAUCUAAGAACCAUUUACUUUUAGCAACGUGCGAGUUGGCCUUAGGCAUAGUUACGUCACAAUACCUAAUUUACCACCCUCAUGUGUCGCUUUCAAAUGUGGACUGGUGAAUUAUGAUAGGAAAGUAUUCCUGAAACGUUGAAAUCAAAGGAAACCCCACGUGAAUUCGAAAAUAAAGUGAAAGAGACAAAAUAUCCGUGAUAUAUACAUAUAUUUUUACACACGAGGCUUAGGGUAAAUUUUUAGUAAAUGACAUAAUCCUGCAUAUAUAAGAAUUAUUUUUGUUGUUAUGACGUAAAGACAAUUACGUUCUAACGAUGCUUCACUCCUUGCUCCUUACAAGAGUAAAUCACUCUUUACGCUCAGCCAUAGUUCCUUUCACGUGGCCACCCUGAAAACUGCAUGUGGAGAUAUCUUCCGUGUUUCAAAAAUAUUGUAUACCAAAGAUUUUUAAAUCUAGAUAUAUUUUAUGUUUCUAGAUUCCUCAGUCAGUCAAUUUUUAGUCAAUAUUAUCUUAUCUUAGCUUAAAUAUUGAGGUAUGGUUUGAUUAUAUUCUUUAACAGGCUUAAAUCCCAACAUUCACGUGUCAGAAAGAAUCAAUACAAAUCCUACCCCAAGAGAAAUUGCACAACUAUGCUCGAGUAAAUUUGAUUGGAGAGGCCAACAGCACUCGCGUGAACCACUUAUGACAACGAUAUACGGCAUAAAGACCCUUUUUUCACUUUGUCUUUAUCAAUUGAGUUAAUACAGUAAACUGGCCACCCAAAAAAAUACGAAAAACUAAUGAAUACUCAAAUCAAUGUUCUUUAAUUAGGGCGCUGUCACGAUGCGAGGUAUCAAAAAACUCACAGUUUAUAGCCGCAAAGUUGUUUCCGGGAAAGAUAGUAAGCUGGAUGUCAGAGCUCCUACUUUGAGGCAGGUAUUUAGUGAUUUGGCUCCUGGCACUCCUGGAGUAAGAGGGGAAAGUGGCGUAGCAGGACCUAAAGGUACUGGAAUAAAGGAAAAAAGGGACCAUAUUUACUACGGAGGGGAGGGUGGAGGAUUUUGGGAAGGAUCACAUAAUUUUCAGGGGAAACGAAGGGAUACCAGUCGCCAUCAACAAAGUAUAGGUGUGGGGACUAAAGAAAAUUGACUGCCAGUCAACUGUAUGUAUGCUAUUUAUCAACUAAUUUUGUUGCCCGUUGUGGAUCGGGAAGUUCGAGCAACACGGUCAACAAACCGUUUUCUUGAUUGAAUUAGAUUAUUCGAGAUGAUGAGGUCAAAAACGAUUUCCUUUGAUGAUAAUAAUAAUAAUAAUAAUGGUGAUAUUUUUACAAGCUGCGAUCUCACAAUGAGUGGUUUUAAGUACAGCCCUGUAGAGAAAAGGACAACAACAAAAAUACAUUUAAUUGUAAAAAAAAAAAUGACGGUAAUAACAAUACUAAUAGCAAUGAUAAAAAUAUGAAAAAAUGAAAAUGAUAAUAACACCAAUAAUAAUGGAGGAAUAAGAAGUAUGAGGAUAACUAACAAUUAACAAUUUUAUGCACUGACAAUGAGGUAAAUACCUGUUUAUAUCACGAUAUAGAUAUACCACGCAGAAACCAAAAAAACUAGUUUCUUUCUGUCAAUGGACUAAAAACUGGGUCGGAAAUUUAAUUGGUGACCCGCGAUUUUAUCUUUUCGAUUGCUCGAAGUUGAAUAGUACUUGCUAAUCACUUCCGAACCAGCCAAUCGGCACGCUCGAAAAGUAAUAUUCACCUGUGUGGUAUACUUUAAUGACGUUUCUGAUAACAAUGAUGAUGUUUAUAACGAAAAUAGCGACGAAAACAAGAAUGUAUUUGUUUUUAUACUUAUGUGCAUGUCCUAGAAUUCUGAUCUAAAAAACAACGCCCAAGUUAUCAUAUAGUCACAUCCAAAUGAAAAUAAAAGCUAUACGAGGUCUUGCAUUGAAUCCUAUACAUUACUUUGAUCUAUUAAAAGUGGAGGUGUAUACCCAAUUAUCAGAAGGCCACAUGUUUAUAGCGAGCAAUGGUGGAAAUGGAAAUCAAGGGCAAAAGGGUGCUGAUGGCAAAAAUGGGACUGACAGGAUUGACUCGGUAUGGUAACGUUAUAGUGAUAGUUGUUUGAUAAUAUUCACUUAUCAGAAAAACUGAUAUACCUUUACAAAAGAAAGAUACCAUGCAUGUUCUCCACGGUCUGCUGAGACGAUACUGUUAGAACACGGUUGUGACGAACUAAAUUCUCCUGCGUACUUUAGUUAUAUCUUAUGAGACAUGCAAGAAAGCUGGCCAAAAAUAGUAAAUGAUUUUCGUGCUGAAAUGAACAUCUUUAACGAUUCUUUUGAUCAUAAGCUCAUGCCAACGGACUCCAGAAAAUCAUUUCUUCUCGCAUUAGACUCUUUACUACCGAAUUAGACAACAUCAUAGCCACUAUGCAAUGCACCAUGCAUGCAAUGAGGUGCAUGGUGGCAGUGCAUGGUGACAGAAGGAGGGCUAACUUUUUUAACUGUGACCCUCCUUUGUACAGCUGUUUCGAGCAAGGUUGUAGGAAAGUGAUAAAAAGGCUCAAAAGUGCACGCGACAACCCCAAGAGGUAUUGCGGGUAACUGUAAGAUCACGGCUCCUUGACUUCUUAAUUUUAGAGAAAUCGGAGAAAACAUCUCAGUGAGGACAAGACAUCACGGGUUUCGUGAAUUUACCUUUCGAGAUUGUCGCGUGCACUUUCGUCCUUUUUCCAGAAGAAUUUUCUCGAAAAAGCUGUUGAUUUACUUGGUCCGAGGAAAGAUGUUAUUACUUGCGAAAUUUGCCAUAUGGCCUGCAAUUUUUCACAUAAUGUAUGGCAAGUAAGCAGCAUAUGACCGUGUUUAAUUGCGACUUUUCGUAGAAACCACCCAGGACAUUCGCCGAGUGUGAGAAAAAUGACUGCAAAACCGUCUGGGGAUAUGCAGGAGAAAAAGGAAAUCCCGGCAAAGAUGGUGGAAAUCCUGGAGAAUCGGGUACAGAACAUAUCUUAACUUAAAUGUAUUUUCAAUAAGACUACCACAUGUGCAGCAUUUUGAUAAAAAAAAAACCUAUUAUAUUUCGGAUUGCAGGUAAUUUAGUGUUAACAACUGGGUUGAAAACGUAAAUUAGCCACCGUAAAAGGUAAAAAAGCUAAAGCGGCUAAGAUUCACUCAUUGUCUAGCUCUAUAAAAAUUUUAAGCUUUUUUACCCUUUACGGUGGCUAAUUUACGUUUUCAACCCAUUUUAAUAAAACCUAAAAAAGCACCACAGUUUCUUUAGAAACUUACCCCUUUAUUCAUAUUUCGGAUUGCGCUAUGUAAAGAUUUCGCCUAAGCAAAUAAAUGAACAACAGGUUUCAGCACCUUUAUCAGACGAGGAACUAUGUUCUCGUGGCAGUAUAAUCAUUGGUUAGAAACCCAAAAGCUCUAAAAACCUGAAAACUUUAUAGAGCUAGACACUGAGUGAAUCUUAGCCGCUUCAUUACAUAUAUAGAGUAAUAUUGAUCAAUCAAAAUCGUUUCCAUUGGUCACAACGAAUAAAGGGGAGAGGGAGAAGACAGGAGAAUUAACCAGGACACGUUGGGCACAAUAAGGUUGAUUUCAACUUUAUAUCGUGAAAGAAGUCUGUUUCCUUGUUUGGUCACACACAAUUUCACUCUUCCAAUUAACUGUAAUAUAAUCAUCAUUUCUUAAUGACUUAACGACUAGUCCCGAGGGAAGAAGGUCAUUUUUCUUUCCGAGAAUAACAACAAAUUCAACAUUAUAUUCAAGGGAAACAACCUUUAAUUUAUCCUGAAGGACAAGUCGUUAAUUGAUUUGCUGUAUAGCAUAUAGAAGAAAUUAGAAGACGCUAUGUGAAAAAAUAAUAAUAAUAAUUGAUAAGUUACAUCUAUGCACAUACAAUUCAGAACAAAGUUAACGCUCGCCGGUGAUAUUAGACCGUUACCCCUUGACGUCAUAGAUUUGCAAUGUUAUCCACUCAAAAUCUGUUAACGAAAAACAAUCUUUUUUUGAACGGCAAGUGACUUAACCCUUUAACUCCCAAGAUCUUUUUAGUAAUUGUCCUUACUGUCUGCAGUACAAUUCUUCCGAUGUUAUUUCUGAGAAUUUGGUAUUGGAUCAACUAUUAAUCCCUUAAUUGAUACUUUUCUUGGUUCUCAUCUCUUGUCUUCUUGAUUUUGUAUUGAUAUUGUAAGGAGAAAUUCUGUCUUGGUCACUCAUAGGAGUGAAAAAGUUAAAGCAACCAAUGAAAGCGCGCGCUGUUGGGGCAAAGUUUCACUUUAUAAUGAUAGUAAUUACUUCCAUAUAUGUAUUUUAUAAAUAGGAGACGGAGGCGAAGCUGGAAAACAAAGACUAUAUGUGAAUGAAAUAAAAGGAAGUAUCAAGCUAAAAACAUGUCCUGGCCGAGGAGGUGCAGCGCCGGUAAAAGGAAAAGGUGGAAUAGGUAUGGACUUCAAGAUUAGCAGGCAGAUAGGGGGUUGUAACGUAACAUACCUAUCAUAUGAGGGGGAGUCAGAUGAAUGUGGGAGAGGAGGGAAGGGGCAUUGAAAAAAUCAGCACACAUAAGUACAUAAGGCCUCUAAUAAAAAAAGAACCCUCGGACAUUCCCUUUAUUUGUGAUAAAAUGUAUGUUUGUUUAAAUCUAUUUCGCUCCUGGAGCACAGUUUUGUUUCCUUUUUGCUUUCGUUCUGUUUUGCACUACUGUUUUCUUUUUUAUUUAUUUUUUAGAGUGACUCAUUUUUCUUUGCUCAAGAAAAGGAAAAUAACAGUUUUCUUUAUUUGACCAUGGUAGUAAACAUUAUAAAUUCUCCAUCCUUAUUCAUCUACGCGCUCGACUCUUUUCACAAGUGGUCCCAGUGUAACACCAACUUCAACUAACAGUUCCCUCCUUGGCCCGUAAGUCUGAUGGUCCAAGAUUUGAUUUCUCGAGGGAGAUUCUUGGGGGAUUCUGGGGGAAUUGUCUCACCUAGUGACAGAUAACUGACAUUUCCAUCAUUUCUUAUCAUUCCUGAAUAUGCCAGGAGCAAUUAACGUGGGGAAUCAGUAUGCAAAUUUUAAUUGCGUAAGCACGGCGCUAAGAAUCUGGGAGAGCUUGCUUCAUCUUAAAGAUGGCGGAUCAAUUGAGGUCGGAAGGACCCUGGAAGGAUGAUGGCUCUAUUCUGUUUCUAUAAAUUAGCUUUUCGUUCAAUGCCAGUGUAUUCUAAUUAUAUUCUUCACAUCAUAUCUAUGACUUCACCAUCGUUUCAAUUUCAUCUUCUCCUCAGGGGGUCUCGGAAGUUUUGGAGGAACAGGGUUUCGAUGUGCAAUGAGGGAGUCAUGUAUACCUAAUCUGUUUGACCCUAUGAAUCCCUCCUGUCACACUUCGUGUGAAAAUGAUGGUGCCACGGGUAGAGCAAGUAGAGGAGGAAGAGGAGAUAAUGGAAAAGACGGAAAAAGUUGA